AUGCGCUUACUUCUCUGCACCAUCAUCUACCUCGUUGCAGUUGUCCAAGCCGUAGUACCUACUACAAAUGCAACUGCUACUAGCGACAGUCCUGAAGCUCCGUCAUUCACUAAUAGAACCCUGUGGAACAUCAUUUUCACCUCCGUUCUCACUCUUUUCUCAUGCAUAUACGGUGCCAUUCAUCCAAAUAUUCCAAGUCCCAAGGACAGCCCAUUUCGUAUCCUAUGGCGGCGACUUGGCAUCAUCAUAAUGGCACUAAUCUUUCCUGAUCUGAUCGCCACAUGGGCUAUGCGCCAGUGGAUCAGCGCUUGUCGUGUUACAAAACAGUUCAAGGAAUCCGGGUAUUUCAAUGUUCCUCAGCUGCAGGGCAAGUCUGAAAAUUAUGAGUUCAAGUUGGCUGAAGCGCCUGCAGAGCAACUUGAACAUGAGCUCGACAUUCUACCUUGCGUCCUGAAUACGCUUCCUCAUCGUUCGCUUGCUUCUCAAGAGCAUGAUAGAGCCCGGCUUUCCGUAGCGCCUGCUGAAGUGUCCACUUCAAGAUAUCGUGCGCUUACGAAGCCAUUCAAAAGGUUGUUUAAGGCUUACAUUUCAGAUCAAUCUGAGGAUUACGCGUGGACUCAGACGCACAGCUUCUUUGUGCUGAUGGGUGGUUUCAUGCUGUACUUGGAUGGGGAACCCCACCACACACUAGACCCUGACGAGGUUCUCAAACUGAUACGUGAAGGGUGCAUCGAUGCCCCUACCCUAACGGCAAAGCAGAUACGCGACCGGAGCAAAGGGAAUAUAAUAUUGAAAGGAUUGAUCAUCCUUCAGGUGGCCUGGUUCAUCCUGCAGCUCAUCUCCCGCGCCAUUUAUCACCUCGAAACCACCCAGCUGGAAACGGUGACGCUCGCUUUUGCGGUUCUCAAUUUCCUGACCUAUGCUGUGUGGUGGAAUAAGCCUCUCGAUGUACAGUGUCCACAUCCAGUGUACUGGAAGUCGACUGAGUCAAAGCCAUGGGGUCGCGUUGCUGUUCUUAUCUCUGGAGGGGAUGAACACAACGUGCUUACCGCGAUCUGGUUUGCAGUCAUGGACUCAAUUUCCGAACUGAUGACGGGUGAUGAGAUUCCUACGCAUAAGCUCCGAGUUUCUACAUUUGAUGGCAGCAUCAAAUCGGACAACUGGAUUCAUAGGUUUGCCGGAAUUCCGUUGGUGACUACCUUUGGCGGUAUCCAUUGUAUGGCUUGGUUUUCUGCAUUCCCUACAUAUCAAGAACAGGUCCUGUGGCGCACGAGUGCCGUCGCUAUAACUUGCAUACCCUGCCUUGAAUGUCUUUUGAUCUCCGUUGGAGAAAUGAUUGCAAUUGAUGAUUUUGAUGGGGGCGUCAUGGAUCUUAUAGGUUUCCUUGUUAUAUUUCUACUUGCCAUGUUGUACAUUGCAGGUCGUGCUAUCCUCUUGGUACUUACGGUCACCACGUUACGCAAUCUUCCUCCUGAUGCAUACAUGGCGGUCUCGUGGAUUAGUUAG